ACAGCUGACAGCCGUGGUGUACGUGCUUCAGGUCCAAUACAAAAUGGAUUGCAAUGUGUUGAGACAAAUGUACAUACUACCCAUGAGGUGUAAGUAAGGUGCUCAUCAAGAUGUGCGAUAAUAACCUCUUACUCUGUUAAUCCAAAACAAGUUAUGAAUAUUAUUAAUCUCGAGAAACAAUUGUCAUAUCAAAGUCCGGUUUACCACGUCGACAAAUGUCAAUAUUCAGUGCUUCAAUGAAUUUCGGGGAUUGCGGUGAAACGAGUUCUUGGGUACAGAAUAAUCUUCUGUAAUCAUUCGAGAAUGACGGAUGUCAUCAAAUUGAAUAUUCAACAGCUUUUGAACAUUGGGGAUUGAAUAACCUCGUGACAAAGUUGAUACCAUGGAGUUUUUGAACGUUUCACCUGAUGCACCAACGGACAAUUUGUACUUGGCUUUGAUCCAGUGCUUUGCAAUAAUACUAUGUGGCUACAUCGCCGGGAGGCUAGAAAUAAUUACAAGGUCAGAGGCAAAUGGUUUGAACACCUUCGUGGGGACCUUUGCCCUCCCUUCAUUGAUAUUCUCAUCACUAGCAAGACUCGACUUCUCCGUGGUAAACUGGAACUUCCUGCUGGCAGUGUUGAUCGCCAAGGGCUGCGUAUUCUUCGUAGUCCUUAUGGUGUCCUUGAUGAUUACAAAGCCAACGAAUCCCGGUCGUGCGGCAGUUUUCGCGAUAUUUGCGACCCAGAGCAAUGACUUCGCCAUCGGCUACCCAAUGAUCGAUGCUCUCUACGGUCACACACAUCCAGAAUAUUCAGCAUAUCUCUACCUGAUGGCCCCCAUAUCCCUCGCCAUCCUGAAUCCAAUUGGCUUCGUAUUACUCGAAAUAGGAAAAAGAAGAACUGGCAGUGAACAGCAGUCAGGAUGGACUCUGGUGGGAUCAGUGAUGAAGGGAGUGGCUUUCAAUCCCAUCCUCUUCAUGACAGUCCUAGGAAUAAUCGGGAAUUUCGUUUUCAGUCACUCUGUUCCCACUAUUCUCUCAGUUAUCCUGAAAGUAUUUGGAAAUGCCUUCUCAGCCAGUGCUUUAUUUCUUCUGGGUCUCAUGAUGGUGGGGAAAGUGCACACCCUUAAAGGAGCUGCACUGGUCAUCCCAGGGAUUUUAAUUCUAGUUAAACUCCUGGCACUUCCCCUCGUUAUACGAGAAUCAGUGAUUCUCCUGAAUGCAGGUUCCAACGAGACAGACACGCGAGACCUCAGCACUUAUGGAUUUCUGUAUGGAACAAUACCCACGGCGCCAGCGCUCUUCAUUUUCACUCUUCGCUACAACAUGGAAAUUGAUUUAAUCGCAUCAGCAAUGGUUGCUUGCACAUUCAUGUCUGCUCCCCUGAUGUUUGUCUCGGCUAAAGUCAUCACUGCGAUCAAUAAUGGAGUUUCACCGGAGAACUACGCCAGACAAUUAAAUGCAUUCUCACUGGACAUAUCUGUUGCUUCUGCUGUGGCAUGUGUGUGGCUCAUUAUUUGUUUCUUCGUUCUCGAGGGGAAAAAAUGGAAACGUCCGACGCAUCGGUGCACCAUUUGCAUCAUCAUAGCCCAGUUUACAGUAGCUGUUGGUGUGAUAAUCUGGACGAAGCUGGAAGUUGAGAGCACUGGCUCUCCACUCUGGUAUAUUCAAUGUGCAUUUAUCACAGGAGGAGUCUAUGCCAGUCGCCUGCUGACAGCAACUAUGGCAGCUACUUUAUUAUUCCUCACAUCAAAGUCUGUGUCUUUUGUUCGAGAUCUGCAGAGGUGGAUCGUUCCAGCAGCUCUCGUGAUACCUGUCAUCCUCAUCGCACUCAUGUGUGCCAUAAUCACUCCAAGGAAAUCACCAAUGCCAGAUCUGAGAAAUCCAAAUUUCCAGUUAGGGAGCGCUGAGGGGGCUGUUUCAAUAUUUAUUCUACUCUUCAGCUUCAUCGUAACUAUCGGCUGUCUGGUGCUUCAUCAGAGGUAUCAGAGGCGUCAGCACACAGAGGCGUACGCCAGUCUCAUAGGUAACAAUGAAAACGUCGAGUCUACGACGAUCGAGACGAGAAACGUUGUGGAUGUCGAGGACCUCAUCACACCGAUAUCACCAGCCCCCACAAAUCCCUGUGGCCUCGACAACAAUUGCACCUUCCAGAGGGGAUUAUGUGCUGCUGCAACAGGAACACUAGACGAAUACGAAGCAGAAUCUGACAAUGAGAGGGAAACAAGAAAUGAUGACGAUCCACAGAUUCUUCGUCACGUUGUAUUCAUAAUUUUUCUUCUCUGCUCGAUGUUCAUUGGACUUGUGCUCUCCGUUGGAACCAUGAUCAUGGAACAAAUGACGGGUGUUUACGCGGAAUUGGCGUUUUUGGAUGUGGCAUUCAAUUUUGGACAGCCACUCAUCGCUUUUGGUAUUUUUGGUCUCGACCCCAGUCUUGGGAGAUUGGGCAAAUGGUUGAAGAAUGCCUGCCAAGAGUGGAAGGCACGACAGAAACUCCAACUACCUGAUGAAGCCUCUCUCAGUCCAGAAGCCAGGAUGAUACGAGAGCAGUUCAGCCGGUGUCAUCUUCGAGAGUGUCGUGAAAGGAUCUCCAUGUGUCGUAGGCGACUGCUUACCGUUUACGAGGGAGUUUUUUCUGGGACUGAUCUUGUUAAUUGGUUGUUGGAGGCUGAUGUAGCCCAGAAUCGUGACGAAGCUGUGCGAUAUGGGCGCUGUCUUCUUGAGAGUCGAGUACUUCAUCAUGUUGAUGGCACUCAUCAUUUCCAAGAUAAAAAUAUUUUAUAUACUUUCCGGGGGUAGAUGUCUGACACUGAGGGAAUAAUUUAUGAACCAUAUUAAUUCAUUCACGGGUUUUUGAAGAUUUCCUCGUCUCUUUAGUAUUGUGAUUUCACUAUCGAAUCAUGGGGAGUCAUCCUUGUAACCUAAAGAUUUUACGAGUAUUAACGACUGUUAGUGACUAUUUUAAUUGAUGAUGGAGACUGGCAUUAAUGAGGUUGUAAUAAUUAUGAGGCUUUCUUUAAGUUUAGGAAUAUGAUUUUUUAAUGACGCGGUAGCUACGCAGGUCGAUGCUGCUUUUCAACUUCACAUUAGCGAACAAUUCAACGCACCCAUCCUUAGUACCUUAUUUUAUAACGAACGCAGAACAAUCGAUUGUUUUAGAGGGAAAUGAACAAAAGCUAUGUGGCUCUCGAACAAUAUCUACAGCUGUUAGAUUGGGAUCUGUUAUGAAUUCUCGUCCAAGCCGUUCAUUUCUCGGCUUUUUGUAUUAUACAAUGAUUUAAAUGAUUUCUGGUAACAAAUGUGAUAAAGAGAAGAAAUGCUAUGAAGUUCAAUCAGCAUAAUGAUUAUUGUACUGAAAGUUUAUUUUUUAGGGUGAAUAUAAGAUUUAAUGUGUACGAGAGUCGCGUUUUACCAUUGCGCAAUGAAAACUGUAGCGCAAUGAUUUUGCCAAAGAAAGGAUAAAUAAAUACACGACAGUUGAA